AUGGGUAAAAAAGUCAAAAGUAUUAAAAUAUUAAAUGUUAUUGAUAUUGAUGGUAGAGCUACAGAAUUAUUUUGGGUGAAUGGGCAAUUGAUUGAGAAUACAACCAAAGGCUAUUUAGCUAUGGUUUCAAAUACAGUUCGUGGUAGUAGAAAAAGAAUAGGAAAAAAUCAAUCACUUCAGUUCAUUUCACAAGAAUCAAGAGAUAUCCUAACGAGCCACGUAAAGAAUAUGACAAACAAUGGUAAAUUAAAAUUAAAGAAUUUUUCAAUGGGUAAUUGUCAAUGUGAUCUAUGUCUAAACGAAUUACCUAUAAUAAUUAAAGUUAAAAAAGAUUUAUAUCCAACUACUCCAAGUUCUUGGGUUGAUUAUAUCGGUUUAGCAAUGUUUUGUAUAAAUAAACAACAAAAAUAUAGAGUUGAUGGAAAAGAGAAAGAAGUCAAAGAGAAUAGUGAUGAUGAUGUAUGUGAUGAGAGUGAUGAGAGUGACGGUGGUAGUGGUAAUGAAUUGGAAGGUAAAUUUUCAGCAGAGAAUAGAUAUGUACUUGAAGGUUCAAAAUAUUUUAUAAACACAAGAGAUCUAUAUGACUAUAUGAAAGCUCAUAAAGGAUUAAUGGAAAUUAGUAAAUCAUUUGAAUUGUUUGACCCAAAAGUGUUAAGACAAUUAAUUAAUCAUUGUAUUCAUAUUCAUCCAUUCAAAUUUCAAAGUGGUAAAUCUUAUUUUGGCACUGGUUAUUGGACUUUAAAAGACGUAGAUGAAGAUCCAUGGUAUGAUAUUGAUAUAUCUGAUGAUAUACCAUCAAAACGCAUAGUAAAUAAUAAAGUAUCACCAAUUCGAAUUGAUCAAGCUUCAACUCCAAAUGGUUUAUAUAAAAAAGUUAGUCCUAUUCAUCAAAAAUGGAAUAGAUCCAUGGCAACAAGUGAUGAUAUUGAUAAUAAUAAAGAUGAUGACGAUGAUGAUGAUGAUGAUGAAGAUGAAAAAGAUAUAAGUAAAAAUAAAAAAAGAAAAAAUACUCCUUCAAUUAAAAUAACUCCUAAAUUAAAUGUAAAUAAUGAUAAAAUAUUUCAUCACCAUGUUGAUGAUGAUGGUGAUGGUGGUGGUGGUGAUGAUAGUGAUGAUAGUGGCGGUGGUGGUGAUAUUGAAGAAGAUGAAGAAGAUGAGGAAGUUAAUGAAGAGAAAUAUCCAGAGACUGAUGAAGAUGAUGAUAAUUAUGGAGAUGACGACGAUGGUGAAGAUGAUGAUGGGGAAGAAGAAUAUGAUUUUGGUGAUGAUUUAACUGAUGAUGAUGAAGAAAGUAAUAUUGAUCAACAUUAUAAAAUUCAAGAUAUUAAAGAGUAUGAACAAUAUAAAGAAGAAUCAAGAAAAAAACACCAAGAACAACAAAAAGAACAAAAACAAGUCCAUUUCAAUGAGAGUUUAUUAGGUGGUCAAUGUAAGAAUUUAGAACCACUCAUAUUGGAAAAGACAAUAAUGGAACAAUUUUCAUUCACUCCAAUAAUAGAAAGAAUGAAAUUAAAAUCAAAAUUAAAUAAUAGUCAAUUAAAUUUAUUACCAAGAGAAUACACUAGAUUUAUGAUUUUAAAAUUCAUAGAUAAUGAUAUGAAAGUUGAUGAUUCAAAAUCAAUUAGUUUACAGGCAUCAAUUUUAAUUAAUGAUUUUUGGUUAUGCCAUAUUUCCCAUACUCAAAAAUAUAAUGAAUUUUGUAGAUUAUUAAAAACCAGAAUCUAUUGUUAUCCUCAAAUUUACUAUGAACCUCAACCAAUUCAAAGAAAACGUUAUGAAAGAACUUUAAAACUUUAUCAAAAAUAUUUUACCAAUAAAUAUUUGAAAAAAAAAAAAUAUAUAGAUGAUGAUAAUAAUAAUAAUAUUAAUAAUAAUAUUAAUAAUUUACCAUCUCAUAUAUGGCCUUUAGAUUUAUUUUCAUCAAAUAAUAAUAAUAAUAAUAAUAAUAAUAAUAAUAAUAAUAAUAAUAAUAAUAAUAAUAAUAAUAAUAAUAAUAAUAAUAAUAUUAAUAAUAUAAAUAAUAAUAAUAGUAUGACGGCAAAUAUAAAUAAUAAUAAUAAUAAUAAUAAUAAUAAUAAUAAUAAUAAUAAUAAUAAUAAUAAUAAUAAUAAUAAUAAUAAUAAUAAUAAUAAUAAUAAUAAUAAUAAUAAUAAUAAUAAUAAUAAUAAUAAUAAUAAUAAUAAUAAUAAUAAUUAUAAUAAUAAUAAUAAUAAUAAUAAUUAUAACAAUAGCAUAGUGGUAUUGAUAUUGAAAGUGAAAGAAAUUAUUUUAAAAUAA